AUGAAUAUUUUAUUAAAAGAUUUUAAAUACCCAGAGUCAUGGAAUAAAAGCCCAAAUCAAAGCAAUCAAUAUAUUGAUCAAGUUUUUGAAGAUACAAAUAAAAUUGGAAUUUAUGAAUUAAAUAAUCAAGAUCAUUAUUUAUACGUAGAAAAUUUAUUAAAUGUUACUUCUUAUUUGUAUCCAACCUUUGAUAAAGAGCAAUUAAGAUUAUGUGCUACCUAUUUGCAUUGGUUAUUUUUAAUUGAUGAUUUUUUAGAAGACGAAUACAAUACAAUGUCUGAAAAACAAAAUGACGUUAUAAAAAGUCAUGCACAAAUAUUAUUAACUGGCCAAUAUUUGAAUAGUGAUGUUGAUGUGAAACCAUCAGAAAAAUUAACAAUGUUUUUACAAAAUACUUCCAAAGAUUGGGCAAUUAAAUAUAAUAAAUUUGAUGUUCAUAAUAUUUAUAUGACAACUUUAUUUCAAUGGUUAUAUUCAGUUUAUCCAUUAAAUAAAACCACAGAAUCAACCAAACCAAUUCAUAUGGAUUUAUAUACAUUUAUUCGUAAAGUUAAUAUUGGUGUUGCAGGUUCAAUCAUUGUUGGUCUUUUAGCGGAUAAGGAUAUUACUGAUAUUGAUAUUUCAAAAAUUUGGUUAAAUCCAAUAUUCACACGUAUAAUGGAAAAUUCAACUAUCCAAAUUGGCCUUGUAAAUGAUUGUGCAUCCUAUGACAAAGAAUAUGCCAAUGGUGGUCACAUCACUAAUCCAUUAUACUUUUUGCAAGUUAGAGAUAAUUUAACAUUUAAUGAAACACUUAAUUUUAUUGUUAAUAAAUGUAAUCAAAGUAUAGAUGAAAUAAUUAAAGAUGAGCAAUUAUUAUUAAAACAAUUAAAAGAUCAAGGAUAUACUGAAAAUCAAUUAAAUCAAGUAAAUAUAAUUUUAAAUUAUAAUCAUAAUUUAAUUCAAGGUAAUAUUAAUUGGUCAUUAAUUUCAAAAAGAUAUAAUAAUCAUGAUGGUAAACCUUUUAUUUUUGAAAAUACAAAAUCAAAAUACAUUUAA